CUCCUCCUCAGCGUCAUGACGAGGUCCGAGCUGAGUUUCGGGGAGGCCGAUGUUCGUCGCCGGCGACGGCGGCAGGAGGAGGACGACGACCAGGAAGAGGAGGAGGGGCAGGGGGGCGAGGACGAGAGGGAGGGGGGCGACCGCAGCCCCGCGGGGGCCGCGACGGAGGCGGCGGCGGGCGACGGGGAAGACGACGACGAGCGCCGCUUCGAAGACGAGCAGGAGGAGGAAGACGACGACGAUGAUGACGACGGUGGCGGCGGCGGCGGCGGCGGCGGGGACGCCGACAGCAAGCCCAAAAGACACGGACCCAAGAAGAAGAAGAUGACCAAGGCUCGCAUGCAGAGGUUCAAAGUUCGUCGGAUGAAGGCAAACGCUCGCGAGCGCAACCGCAUGCACGGCCUGAACGACGCCUUGGAGAGUCUGCGCAAGGUGGUGCCCUGCUACUCCAAGACCCAAAAACUCUCCAAGAUCGAGACCCUGCGCCUGGCCAAGAACUACAUCUGGACCCUCAGCGAGAUCCUGCGCUCCGGGAAAGCCCCGGACCUCAUCGCCUUCGUGCAGGCGCUCUGCAAAGGUCUGUCCCAGCCCACCACCAACCUGGUGGCGGGCUGCCUGCAGCUGAACCCUCGCACCUUCCUCCCCGAGCAGUCGGCCGAGCUCCCGGGCCAGCCGCCGCCCCCGGGCGGCGCCCCCUACGCGGCCCGCUUCUCCUACCAGACGGCGGGCCUGCCCAGCCCGCCCUACGGCGCCAUGGACCCCUCGCACAUCUUCCAGCAGGUCAAGGCUCCGGCCUACGGCGCCCCGGAGGCGUACUUGGACGGGGUCCUGGUGACGGACAGCCCCCCCUUCGACCCGCCCCUCAGCCCGCCCCUCAGCGUCAACGGCAACUUCUCGUCCUUCAAGCACGAAGCGGCGGUGGCGGCGGCGGCGGCGGCGGACUACGACAAGAGCUACUCCUUCGGCCCGCACUACGGCGUGGGCGGCGGCGGCGUCUACCCGCAGGUGGACAACCUGCUGGGCUUCGACGGACACUCGCAUCACGAGCGGCUGAUGAACGCGCAGCUCAACGCCAUCUUCCACGAGUCGUGAGCGGGUCCUCGCCGCUUCCCGGCGCCAACAAGCCAAACUAUGCAAGUUGAAUCUCAAAGCCCCC